AUGUCUUGGAUAUUUGGCAAACCAACCCAAUCAAAAGAAUCAGAUGAUGAGUUAAAACAGCAGCUAGGAUUCGAUCCUAAAGAAGUAAGUGAUAUUCAAACGGUGAUAUCUAGUGGAGCAGCAACUCCUUCUAAUAUAUCAUCAUUUUCCUCGGCAUUACUUCACCCAUUAGCUGGGUUAGAAAAAGGUAUUGAAUAUCUUGAUUUAGAGGAAGAGAAACUUAAUACCGUAGAAGGUUCUAAAGGUUUGAUUCCAAGUAGAUCAUGGACGGACGAUUUAUGUUAUGGUACAGGAGCAGUUUACCUCAUGGGAUUAGGAAUAGGUGGUUUAUUUGGGUUACAACAAGGUAUAUCUACAGUGCCAUCGCCAGCACCAGGUAAAGUUAAGCUCAAUCAUAUUUUGAACAACAUUACUAAAAGAGGGCCAUUUUUGGGAAAUUCCGCUGGUGUUUUAGCAUUAACUUAUAAUUUGAUUGAUUCUACUAUUGAUGCAAUUAGAGAGAAACAUGAUGAUUCCAAUUCAGUGGUUGCAGGUGCUUUAGCAGGAGCUUUAUUUAGAAGUAGUCGUGGGUUGAAGCCGAUGGUUUAUUCUAGUGUUAUGAUGGCAGGAGCCGCUGGAAUUUGGUGUAGUCUCAAGCGUUCCAUACAAGAGCAACAUUAA